UGUAUUAUAGAAAAUUAUGAAGUAAAGGUUGUCUCCCUUUGUUAUAAAAACUCCAAAUAUGAUUGACAACGAAACCUAGACUGGGGGCAAUGCAAAUACCUUAAAGUUGUGGCAAAUUAGAUCUACUUGUUCCUGAAGAGGCCACGAGUCAAAUUUGCGUGAAUUUCAUAAAUAAGAAUAAUGGAGGAAAUUCCUGUAAUGCUAAGACAAGCUGUGACAGAUGAUGUGGGUUUCCUGCUCGACUUUAUUAAAGCCGAUGAAUGGGAUUAUUCAGAGUAUGAUUACAAUUGCUCCUUUGCAAUCGAUCCUGAAUUCCUUGUAACUGCGGUGGACUGUUCCGGUAUACCAGUCGGUUUCGGGGGUAUUACAAGGGUUACGCCAUCUGUUAUGUACUUAGAUACAUUAAUAGUGAAAGAUGAUCUUCGGCACAAAGGAAUUGGCAGUAAAAUAUGGAAGGCUGUACUUCAACGGGCCGGAGAUACCAAUGUUUGCCUUGAUAGUGUUUAUGAAAGUCUCCAGUGGUAUAAGGAACAAGGAUUUAUCAACAUGGAGGCAUUUCCUGUGACAAUAAGACCGGCGAUUCCAGGUGACGAAAAACAUCUCGUAGUGUUCACAAAAUCAGAUGGGUGGGAUUAUUCAGAGUUUGAUUUCAAAGCUGUUAAGUUUCUUGACCCUGAUUUUCUCAUUGUUGCAGCUGAUCAUUCGGAUACACCAGUAGGGUUUGGCGGAAUUAUUGAUAUGGGAUCUAGCACAUUGCACCUUGAUGUCUUUAUUGUAAGGGAAGACCUUCGACACAAAGGUAUAGGCGGUAGGAUUUGGAGGGACUUGCUCGAACGCGCUGGACAGAGAAUUGUAUGUCUUGAUAGCCUGAUAGGUAGCGUCAAAUGGUAUAGAAAACAAGGAUUUAAAUAUGAAUCGUUCAAGCUUCAUGCCUAUUGUACUAUUAUGACCAGUGAUAUGAAUAACUCGAUUCAAUCUUCAUACAAUUUACAGCCAGUAACUGAGAGCACGUGGUCUUGUUUGUUGGACUAUGAUAAGCAAGUGUUUCUUAAUUUAGACAGGGAGAAAAGUCUACGUGCUUGGUGUCGUGAUGCUACAACAGUUGUAGCGUUUUCGGAUAACAUUGUAGUUGGCUAUGGUUGUAUACACAACAAAUACGAGGGUGUUUAUGGCCUACGAAAUGUUUUUGGAGAUAACGAGACUGUAGUUGAAUCCAUAUUGCGAUAUUUGACAGCACAGCUGCAACAUGGUUCUGAAGUGUAUUUUACAUUAAUUGAGGGUAAACCCAUCCCGAAGUUUAUGGGAAAAAAUUGCAGAUUUCUCGGAACAUCACAGCGAAUGUUUAACCGAUCGGUUGUUGCAGUAAAUUGUGAGAAAAUAUGGAUCCACAGUAGAAGUAAAACUUGAAUCUAACUGCUUGAAAUAACAAAGAUAAACAAAGAUUUCAUAUUAUGUACAAUUUUGAUAUUUUAGGUAAUAGCUGUUAAAAUAAUUUACAUGUAUGCGGAAAAAAGAACCAGUAAGUGCAUUCAAGUAGAAAAUUUGUUCUAGGUAAAAAAUAUUAUUGUUGAACGAAAAUUUGCAUCAUUUGAUUCAUAUACAGGGUGGUUGCAUACUUGGUUCAAGCUGCAAAAUUGACAAAAUGGCGACCGAAUCAUGAAAGAUUUAACGCCCACCCAAGUUCUGUUCAGGUAAGUGGUUUUGUUUGUUAUUUUUGAAGAUUUCGAUGGUGUCCAUUUAUUAAUGCAAUGUAUAGGACAAACGUUAUCAUAUUUAAGUUUAAAGAGUUCAUAUUUGAGAUUUGACAUGUGAUUUUGGUCGUUUUUCCACUCAUUCAUUUAAAUCAGUAAACAAACAACAUUACAAAUUAUAUUUCUGCGGAUACUAUAAGAUUUUGCAACCGAAAUGCGCUUGAUCAAGACAUUUUUGUGUACUUGAUCUUAAAUUGGAGCAUGCAAAUUAAAACAUUUGUACAGUAUGCAAAGAAACACAUUUUGCCUUGUUUAAUGAACUUCAGUAAACGAGUAGAACACCGGCCAGAUAAGUCACUUAUCAAGUCUCAAAAUAUGAACAGGAUCAGUUUAUAAAUAUGAUUUAAAUAACUACGGCAAAUCAGAAUACAGGAAGCUGAAAACCUUAAACGGAAUGUGUCAGAUAUAUAUCAUUUAUGAAUGGACGUAUUCAAAAAUUUUCAAAAUAACAUAACAAACCCAUUUUAACUCGGGGGUGGGGGGGGCAACAAAACAACAACAACAACAAAAACGAGCGGGCGUGAGUUGUAAAUUUUUUAUGACUUGGUCGCCAUUUUGACAACUUUGCAACUAUUUCGCUCGAUUGAACCAACCAUGCAUCUAUUUCAUGUCCUGCCCAGUGAUAUACCUCUCAUUAGAAUUAUUCGUAAACUAAUAUUGUUCAGGAGUUUCUGCGGAUUGCCAAAUAAAUGAUAAUUUCCUAAUCAAUUUUGUUCUACCUUUUAAACAAUUUAUGUUAGUACUUGAGGUCUAUAAUUGAUUCUAAAUGAAAUAAAAGGUAGUGUUUAUUAUAGAAAAAACUAUAUUCAUUUAUUUAAAUGAGCCAAUUAAUUAAUGCCUUAAUUCAGUCUUGAAGUUAUUUUAGUUUCUCAUAAGAUUUGUUAAAUGAGUUAACAUUUAAAAUGAAUGUUCUGGUAAUUAAUUAGAAGCUUAACUCAAUCUGUCAACAAUCAAUGUUUACUAUCUUACUGCUAGCCUACUGGUACAAACCUGGAAACCUAUUUUUUAAAUGAAAUUAUCAACAAAGUUAAUUGAUAUUGUUUUUUUUUGAUGGAAUUAAAUAUUUGUACGUUUUAAUGUUAUAAAUGGACUAUUUUCCACUAUCGACUUAAACAGUUUUUAAUACUGAAAGUGUUUCCAAAUUCGAACAUCUCGGAGAUCUUUAAACUUGUACUUUUUCAAAUUUGAAAUGUUUUACUUUUCGGUCUAACAAAAUUGACGAACAUCUUGAAUACAUUUCCACAUGUGGAGGAGAAUUAGCUUGGUAUUAUAUAAUGACAUAAUUAUUAUGCGGAAGUCACCAUUUUAUGCAGUUAGAUGUUCGAGUUAGAUGUUAUCGAGUUUGUUUAUUUAUUGUUUUUUUAGGACAAAAAAUACAUCUUUUUGUCACUUUUAAGUGUCGUUUCUAUCAGCAUUUUUAUUGCUAUAAUAACUUAUAUACGUAUAAAUGCUUUGGAAUAAACUGCGAUGAAAUUUAACAAUACUAUUCAAUUUAUUUUACUAGAAACAAGGCAAACACUCCUACAAAUUUUGAAAAUUGACGAACCGGCGAAGGCGAUAUAAUGCCUUUAUAAAUAAUUUAGAUAAACCCUCUGAAAUAACACCCAAAUCUAAUAGUGUUAAAAUUUCAGUACCUCAUAAACUUGUUAAAAUGGGUUAAGUCUAAAUUAACUUUGUUCAACAGUUUAUUGUUAUCAACAUGUGCGUAGGAAUCAAACACCAUAGCGUUUGUAUUCUAAUUGUAAUUAUUUAGAGAAACUAUUUUGGGGAUCUGAAAUGAUAACACAAUACAGUUUGUAUGAAUUACUUCAUUUUUAUUAUAGUUCAGAUAAACUUUACCGACUUAUAAAACAGGAAAUUAUCUACGUGCUACUUAAGUUGGAAAUUUCAAAAAUACAAAUUCAGUAUUUCACAAAUAAUAUUUAUGGAUACAUACAUAUUUCAUUAUUUUUUAAAGCGGUGACGUCAAAAACAUAUUAUAAUGUGAAAUAAUAGCCGCUGUGAGGAGACCAAACAAAACGUUUUUGUUGUUGUUGUUUUUUCUCUUAAAAUUUUGUUUACCUCAUGUAUACAUUAUUGGUUAGAUAUUUUAUUGAUACUGUCAAAACACUUCGCGAUUAUAUUUUAUUAUAAGAAAGCGUCUCUGGUGAAUUGUUUCAUUUUGCCACAUAGGCGGGGCAAUAUGGUCCUUAAUGAAGUAAAGCAUUUUAAAAUGACACCGGGAAUGUUUAGAAUUUAUUUUUCCGUCUGUCCGGACAUACAAGUAUUAAUAUACUUAAGAGAUUUUUUACCAGUAAGAAAAUGUACAUUUUAAUAAGGACUAUUGUAGGAGUCGAGCUCUAUCGGUAUACGUUAAGUUUCCCGCACUUUGGAUGGUUACAUGUGGGAAAGCUAUCCAGCUAGCUUCGGGACGUCGUUGCCCGUUCGUGGCCUGAUUAUACACGGUGCGGUACUUGGGAUCUUCCUCCACGAAGAAAGCUGGAAAGACGCCAUAAGAUCUUUCCAGUGUUCGUACGACGAAAAACAAGCCAAAUAAACUCUAUAUAAUCUCUCGAAACUGUAGUGAAUGACGAAUGACCUCGGUUAUAUUCCACGUCUUCAAACUAGUGAACUUGGUCGUUCCAUACUGGAUUGUUCGUUCAUUUAU